GCAGAGUUUUUAUGUCUCUGCUUUCACUCAGUGGAUGCUCAGUGGCCCUUGAACAGCUUGGAUUUAACUGUUGACCGGCUGGCUAACAGGUGGCGCUUGGAGAAACAGUGAGAGGACUUGUGUGUAGUGCUGCUGCACACCGAGACACUUGGAAGACUGUUUUAAGGAGCGGGCAUCAUGUUCAAGAUCCGGACGUGGUUCCUUCUCCUGGUUCUCUGUGCUGGGAGUUUGGAGGCCUGGUUUUGGAUCUUAAAUUCAGAAACGACCCCGGAGAACCCGUCAGAAAUAACGACAUCAGCCGGGUCAACAGGUGCCACCACAACACCUGGAGGCACAGAGAAGAAAGAGGAGGAGGAGGAGGACGAUGAUGACAAUUUAUCCGGGGUUGGGGAAGAAAUCCUCAACGUUGCCACCGGAAUCCGUAAGUUAGUCGAGGCGUGGGAUGAGACCCCGAGCCCGAGUCCGACCCCGAGCCUGAGCCCAAGCCCGAGCCCGAGCCCGAGCCUGAGCCCGAGCCUGAGCCCGAGCCUGAGCCCGAGCCCGAGCCCAAACCCGAGCCCGAGCAAGAGCCCGAGCCUGAGCCCGAGCCCGAGCAACGCUACUACUAACGGAAGCCUGACACAGAAGGUGGAGCCCGCUAACCCUAACACAACUGAGCAGAGUGGUGUCUCUUUGCUCCAGCUAAUCGGAGACCCACCACCAGAUGAGAUCACCAGGACCUACGGGCCGAGGGGGGAGACCGCCUAUGUCUUCAGUGCUUCGGCGAUGUCUGGUCAGCCGGCUCUGGCUCACGUCCCCAACCCUUUCUACCGCCACUUCUCUCUCAUCUUCUACAUCAAGCCCUACUCCUCCGCCGCCUCCGUCCUCUUCUCCAUCACAGACCAAUCCCAGAAGAUCAUGUACAUCGGUGUCAAGCUCAGCAAGGUGCAGUCGGGCCGUCAGAAGGUGCAGCUUUUCUACACCGAGCCUGAUUCGGAGGGUUCGUACGAGGCGGCCAGCUUCAGCAUCCCGAGUGUGGUGGACACCUGGACUCGCUUCUCGCUGUCUGUCUUUGAGGAGCAGGUGACUUUCUACCAAGGCUGCGACUCUGAGCCACAGGUGGUGAAGUUUGAGCGUUCCCCAGAUCCAAUGGAGCUCGACGCGGGGUCGGGGGUUUUCGUGGGUCAGGCAGGAGGAGCCGAUACUGAUAAGUUUGAGGGUGAGAUCGUAGAGUUGAGGGUGGUGGGAGAUCCUCGUGCCGCUGAGCGAUUGUGUGACGACGAGGACGACUCCGACGCCGCUUCUGGUGAUUUUGGCAGCGGAGACGUUGAAAGGAGAGUGACAGGUCAUACAGUCAAAACCACUCCUCCUUCAUUGAGGCCGAUGCCUGAACCCCCGCUGAUAUCCUCAAAAGGAACUAGAUAUGAAACAGGUCCUGAUGGUGCUAGAGGUGAGAAAGGGGACAGAGGAGAGAAAGGCUCACAAGGGGACAGAGGCCUCCAGGGGCCGAAGGGAGACUCCGGUUCUUCUUCUGGUUCCAGUUCUUCCUCUCAAGGUGGAGGAGGACAGAAGGGAGAAAAAGGUGCAAAGGGUAAUUCUGGCUUUGGAUACCCCGGUAAUAAAGGCGACUCUGGGGCUACAGGGCCUCCCGGGCCCCCUGGUCCUGCUGGACCUGCAGCUGAGGUGGUCAGACUUGGGGAUGGUGCUGUUGUGCAGCAGGUGUCUGGACCUGCCGGACCUCCAGGACCAGCAGGGUCAGGCGGGCCUGCAGGACCUCCAGGAACUGAUGGAGAGCCUGGUGAUCCAGGAGAGGAUGGAAAAGCUGGUCCUGCCGGGCCGCAAGGAAUCCCAGGAAGUCCAGGAAAUCCUGGUUCUAGAGGAGAGAAGGGUGAGCGUGGAGAAGGUCAGCCUGGACCCAGAGGUCCCCCAGGUCUACCAGGACCUCCCGGGCCUGGCACUGGCGACCACCCAACAUUUGUUGACAUGGAAGGAUCCGGAUACCCAGACCUCCGGGGUUUCGGAGGUCUUCCAGGUCCCCCAGGCCCUCCAGGACCCCCAGGCCCUCCUGGUGCUUCAGUGGGACUGGGAUCCGAUGGUCCAGUAGCAUAUGGACCACCUGGACCACCUGGGCAGGAUGGAGCCCCUGGUCUACCAGGGCCUCCCGGUCCCCCUGGUUUACCGGGUCAACCAGGACUCGGAGGACCGAAGGGCGACAGUGGUGAGCUCGGUCUUCCGGGAGCAGCCGGGGAAAAGCAAGACGAGCAAGACAGCAACUUUUUCACCAACCUGUUCUCUUACUUUGCUCCAUCCGCUACGGGUUCUCGAGGUGACGCAGGACAGACAGGUAUAGCAGGGGAGGGUGGGCUGGCAGGACUUCCAGGUCCUAUGGGACCAGUUGGACCUGCAGGACCUCCCGGGCCACCAGGGCCACCGUACGGCUUUGGCCAUGGUGACCAGGAAGGGCAUGAGGUGCUUAAUGGCUUGCCUGGACACAGAGGCCCACCUGGACCACAGGGUCCUCCAGGCAUUGCAGGCCUUCCAGGUAGACCAGGUUUGCCAGGCACCCAUGGAGACAAAGGAUCAGAGGGAUCGAGAGGACCGCCUGGGAUUCCAGGUGUGGACGGAUUCCCUGGACAGUCGGGUGCAAAGGGAGACGGUGGACAGAAAGGAGAAAGCGGUCAGCCGGGGCGAGACGGCGGCCCACCAGGACCUCCAGGGCCUCCCGGACCUCCAGGACAGAUCAUCCACCUGCCGGGCGGUGAUUAUAACGACAUAUAUUGGAACGAAGGGGGUCAGGCGGGAGCAAGCACUCCAGGUCGAGCAGGAUUCCCGGGACCAAUGGGACAAAAAGGAGAUAAAGGGGACACUGGUCCUGCAGGAUAUGCACCGAAGGGGGAGAAAGGAGAGCCUGGUGUCAUCAUGGGGCCUGAUGGACAACCAAUGUUCCUGGGUGGCCUGGCAGGAAAGCCGGGUGACAGUGGACCUCCUGGCCCAGUAGGACCUCCAGGUUCAUAUGGUCCUUCGGGCCCGAAAGGAGAGAUUGGGUUUCCAGGUAGACCGGGUCGACCAGGGCUGAAUGGCGUCAAAGGGGAGAAGGGAGAUUCAAGUGGCGGAUCUGGAUAUUACCCUGGUCCUCCAGGUUCACCGGGCCCACCUGGACCUCCUGGACCUUCUUUUCCCACCGACAGACACACAGGAUAUGAUGAUCACUCCAGGUAUCACCCAGCUGCUAAAGGGGAGAAAGGUGACCGUGGAGUACCAGGGACACCUGGCAUACCAGGCGGCGGGUCAAACUUUGAUAUAUACAGUUUUAAGAAUGAGUUGAAGGGUGAACGUGGCGGCGAAGGCUCGAAAGGAGAGAAAGGGGAACCAGGUGGAGGAUAUUAUGACCCCCGCUAUGGAGGAUCUGCCUCAGGAGUGCCAGGACCUCCAGGCCCCCAAGGUGACUCCAUUGUUGGCCCUCAAGGCCCUCAGGGUCCACCUGGUCAACCAGGAAGAGGCUAUGAUGGGCCACCUGGACCACCAGGGCCACCUGGACCCCCAGGAUCAGCCUUACCGGGAACUUAUAGGGGCACACAGACUAUCAGUAUUCCUGGACCACCGGGACCACCUGGAUUACCUGGACACUCUUCAGGGGUGACAGUGUUGAGGUCUUACGACGCCAUGACAGCCACCGCUAGAAGUCAACCUGAAGGCUCUCUGGUCUACAUUAUAGAUCAAACAGAUCUCUACUUACGAGUCCGAGAUGGAGUUCGUCAAGUCCAGCUCGGCAGCUACAUUCCUUUGCCAAGUCCAGAUGGUAAUGAUGUUGCAGCAGUGGAGCCCCCACCAGUCAUUCCAUACUCCCCAGACCACAACUCCAACACAGACACCACACACCACUCCGAAAUCCCUCCUGAGAGUCCAAUUGACCCCAACGCUGGGCAUCCUUCACAGCCAGAGCCACAUCAUCCGACCCACGAGGACCCUCGAUACCCUUCCAACCCUGAUCCCAGAUACCCAACCAACCCUGAUCCCAGAUACCCUUCCAACCCUGAUCCCAGAUACCCUUCCAACCCUGAUCCUAGAUACCCAACCAACCCUGAUCCUAGAUACCCAACCAAUCCUGAUCCCCGAUACCCGACCAACCCUGAUCCUAGAUACCCAACAAACCCUGAUCCUAGAUACCCAACACACCCCGAUCCCAGAUACCCAACACACCCCGAUCCUCGAUACCCAACCCACCCCGAUCCCAGAUAUCAGCCAGAUCCGCGGUACCCAACACCGACAGAUCCCAGGUUCCCAAGUUACAAAGAGCGCCAGUACCAACCAGACGGUAGGUUUGCUGUUGAUUCGGCCCAGGAACGCCCAUCAUACCCGGAAAAUCGCCCUGCAGUCACCGCUCAGCGAAGACCACCUCCAUCUGUGCCUCAGACUCCGGUCCAUCAUCAUAACUCAGGAGCAGGGCUCCACCUGAUCGCCGUGAACAGCCCUCACACCGGCGCCAUGCGGGGGAUCCGAGGCGCAGACUUCAUGUGCUUCUCCCAGGCUCAAGCCAUCGGGAUGAAAGGAACGUUCCGUGCCUUCCUGUCCGCCAAGCUGCAGGAUCUCCACAGUAUCGUCCGCAGGAUCGACAGGGACCGUGUGCCAAUAUUCAACCUUAAGGAUGAGGUUCUGUUUGACAACUGGGAUGCCAUCUUCAACGGCGGCAAAAUGAAAGACAACGUGUCGCUCUACUCCUUCGAUGGCAAAGACGUUCUCAAUGACAACACAUGGCCAGAGAAGAUGGUGUGGCACGGGUCAACCGGCAUCGGGCAACGACAUGUCGACAGUUUCUGUGAGACGUGGCGCGUGGGCGACCAGACGCUGACCGGCAUGGCUUCGUCCCUGCAGAGCGGCAAUCUGCUCCAGCAGAGCUCCAGCAGCUGCUCCAGCUCCUACAUCUUGCUGUGCAUCGAGAACAGCUACGUCGGCCAACAGAGAUAGACACACACACACCCAUAUUGCGACACUGGACAAAGGGAAAUCGUAAAACUCAUGCUUAUAUCUUCACACACACACGCACUCACAUACACACACACACACACACACACACACACACACACACACACACACACACACACACACACACACACACACACACACACACACACACACACACACACUUUUUACCUAUCUAUGCACCUCAUGUGGUGCCUUGUAAAUAAAUGUUUUUCUAAUUAAUAAUUCGUUUUUGCUUGUAAGCCCCUCAUAUAUGGUGCUAUACAGGAUUAUCCUACAUGGUCAAGCUCAGGUGACAUACAGUUACACAUCCUCUGGCAGCCAUACUGGAGGUCCACAACUCUGGGGCAGAAGUGGCCUUAAAAGCUGUUUGUGACACCAAAAGGUGCAGCUUUGUUGUCCUUUCUUUGCUGUUUUUGACUUGUCAGCUAGUAGUCGCUAUAAUGUUGAUUAUAAAUAUCGAAAUGAGCUUAUUUGCUGCUAGCUAGCAACCCGGUUUAAAGGGUCAGUUCACCCAAAUUACAUCCAAAACAUAUGUUUUCAACAGGGCUGCAGGUAACGAUUAUUGUCAUUAUCAAUUAAUUGAUUAGUUGGUGAAACACGUUGAUCACUGUUUCCCCAAGAGAGAGUCCAAAACCCAAAGAUAGUCAGUUUAAAGGCAUAGAAGACACGAAAAAAAAGAGAAUUGGGAAAUGUUUUACUUGAAAAUGGACUUAAAACCAUUACAUGUUUAUCAGAAUAGUUGCUGAUUAAUUUAAUAGAUGGCAACUAAUCGAGGAAUCAUUGCAGCUUCAGUUUUCAGGACUAGAGCAACUUUAUUUAUCUCAGAGAGGGGAUAUAGCACUGUGAUUGGCUGUAAAGGAUCACAGCAAAUGAUUUUUCAUAUUUCCGCAUCUUCUUGCUUAUAUUUGACCAAAAAAAACAGUGACAUGAAAACACUUAAAAGCCAAGUCUGCAACUCCACUACCUGAACACAGUGUUAAUUAGGAGUUAAAUCAGGUUUUCUGCAUGUCUGAAAUGCUACCUUUGCUUUUUAUAUACAGUAUUUGUCAGCACUUGCAAGGAAAAUAGAUAUUAGAUGACAUACUCAGAUGAUUACCACCAAGCUGUUCAUUUCUUAAAAAAGGUGCAAUUAUGAACAUAUUUCAGCGUCCGAGAGCAAGAUAAAAAUGUUAGUUAUUGUAUAUGAAAUAUGUUUUUAUCUUAAUUUCAUUUCCUUUAUAUUGAUUUAAUCUGUAACCCAUAGCACUUGAGUUAUAGCCUUUUCAUGGGAAGAUAUUUUCAAAUCAGAUUUUUAGCAAUAACAAAGGGAUAUUUAUUUUUUAUAAACCAUACUUUUUUUUUUGCUUUUUUCAACCAUGAUGUGUGAUGUGAACGCUUUUCAUAAAUCCAGCAAAUGUGCAAACCCUACACAGUGAUGUCUCAUGCAUACUGAAUACCUGAAAAGGGAUGUGGACCAGUGUCUAUUGAUAUAAAUCAGAUCUGUGGACGUAGUAAGCACACAAAUGAAAUGUAUGUACAGAUAUCUGGAAAGGAUUCAGCCAUUCAUGUUUGUCUAUGCACUGUUGAGAAGCAAUGCUUUUUUUCUUUGCUUUUUAUUACAGGACAUUUGUAUUGAGAACAGUAAAUGCACUGCAGCUAUAGCUCACUGGCGUCUCCAGUGGAGAGGACACAAACACAAGUGUGAAGUUUGAGUGUCAUUCGACAGUUUCUGUGCAACAUGGAGGACAGAAUGACGUUUGUUAUGUACUAACAGAGCCAUACCACAUGCAGUAAAUUUUGUAUUAACUCUUACAGAUUGUAAUCUGUCUCUUUUUUGUUAUGUGAGCAACAUUCUGUAUGAAAUGCUGCAUCUCAUCAAAUAAACCUGUGUGGAAAUUGUGAGUUAAGUUCUCAACUAAGGGUCUGAUGCUUGUCUUAAACUAUCUUAAAUUGUCUUAUAUGUUGUAUUGUUCUGUUCUGUAUCAAAACUAAAACAUCAAAUGAUAUAUGCACACUUAUAAAUGCAGAAUUUAACAGCAGAAAAUAUGCUUAUAUCACCACUUCUCUGAUGAUGAUGAUGAUGAUGAUGAUGAUGAUGAU